AAAAGUGAAAAUGGAAUCUGUGCGGAGUCUGGGUGCUCCUUCGAGCACACCAAAUUGUAGUGUGGACAGAUUAGUGCGUGUGGGAUAUUACGAACUAGAACGAACAAUUGGGAAAGGAAACUUUGCCGUUGUGAAACUGGCGACACAUGUUGUGACGAAAACGAAGGUUGCGAUAAAAAUAAUCGACAAGACGAAACUGGACGAGGAGAAUCUGAAGAAGAUUUUCCGCGAGAUCCAGAUAAUGAGGAAGCUGCGGCACCCGCACAUCAUAAGACUGUACCAGGUGAUGGAGACGGAGAAGAUGAUCUACCUCGUGACCGAGUACGCCAGCGGAGGCGAGAUCUUCGAUCACCUGGUGGCGAACGGCAGGAUGACGGAGAAGGAGGCGCGGCGCGUGUUCGCGCAGAUCGUGGCCGCCGUCAGCUACUGCCACCGGCGGCGGGUCGUGCACCGCGACCUCAAGGCCGAGAACCUGCUGCUCGACCACAACUGCGACAUCAAGCUCGCAGACUUCGGCUUCAGCAACCACUACCAGCCCGGACAGCUGUUGUCCACGUGGUGCGGCAGCCCCCCUUACGCCGCCCCCGAGCUCUUCGAGGGCCGCAAAUACGACGGACCCAAGACUGACAUAUGGAGCCUCGGGGUUGUCCUGUACGUGCUGGUCUGUGGAGCCCUCCCAUUUGAUGGCCGCACACUGCAGUCUCUCCGUACGAGGGUUAUCUCGGGCAAAUUUCGGAUUCCAUUUUUUAUGAGUGCAGAAUGUGAACACCUCAUCCGCCAUAUGCUGGUUGUCGACCCAGAGAAGAGGCUCAGCAUAAAACAAAUUCUGAAUCACAAGUGGAUGACUCAGGGGGAAAUUCAACCCAGCUUGCAGAAAAUAAUUUCAGACCUGGAUCAGCCAGAGGAUCUUCUUGAGAGCCCCGAGCCUCUAAAUAAUCUGGUCAUGGAGCACAUGUUGAAACUGCCAGGCCUCGACAAGGAUAUGAUUGUGCAGUCUGUGCGAAAUCAUGGCUUUGACCACAUCAGUGCCAUCUACAAUUUGCUGGUUGACAAACUGGAGAAGCGCAGACUGAUAAGUUCCAGUACGGGAAGUCUACCAGUAAUUCAGAGGAAAGCAAGCAUAACAACAGGUGUGGUAGACCGUAGCCCUGUGGGUGAUGGAGAGACGGAGCAGGGUGCUGGGUCUCCCCUCGUAUCCAUGCCAACCAUCCCUGCCGUCUUCUUGCUGGAAGAUCCUGAGUCGCUGGAGAAGUUCGGAGAUGUUGACAUGCCUAUGGAAUCUGAAUCAGAGGAAACCUCACGGCAACCCAGAAGUGGUUCAGGAGUGGAUCGGUACCUAACUGCGAGGAGACACACAGUUGGGCCAGGAGAUACAGCUCACGAGCAGGUGCUGGAGGCGCACUACAUCGGACUGGACGCAGGUGCGGGUGGCGCCGUGCAGCAGCUCAACAUCCUACCCAACACGAACCUGCCGCUGAACAUUCCGCUCGUGCAGCACCAGCCGCCGCAGAACUUCAGCAUCAAGGACCAGCACCUGCUGAAGCCUCCCACUGUCAUGGGGGCCAUUGGCGGUUUCGGUCGACGAGCAUCGGACGGGGGAGCGAACCUGCAGAUGUUUUUCAGUCGUCAGAUGGAAGGCGUUUGGAGCCAACCGGGCAGCCAGGAGCACCUCCAGCUUCUGCAGCCAGGAAGUCCUACACUCUCCCAGCGUUCACAGCCCAUUGCUGCUGCUAACGGCAGCCCAGAGGGCAUCCAUAUGUCGGACGGUCUUCCCACUGAGGACCUGCCCGACGCACAUGAUGUGGCGAGCUGGUCGGCCGGGCAGCAGCACGAGCUGGAGGCAGCUGCUAGUGUGCUGAGGUGCAGCGAUGCCCACAGGUACAUGGAGUGGCGCGGCAAGGCGAAGCGGCACACGCUGGCCAUGGCGAGCUCCGAGGAGGUGCAGGAGGCGCAGCGCAAGAUGCGCACGCGCCGUACUGGCCUCCCUACAGUCACGGAGCGCCCCCCAGAAAUUAGCCCAGAAGUAGUGUCUGAAGUAGAGGCGCGCAUGCGCCGCAAGUACCCAGUCUUACCACCACCACCACCCGCCAGCAGGUUCCCUCGCCACAAGAAACUUUCUGGCCUCGCCACAGUUCAGGAAGCAAAUAAUCGACCAGUGAGGGAUAGCUUCAAGGAGGUGAACAGCCUGCACCUGCCCCAGGAGAGGUACAGCCCCGUGCGGAGGGCCAGCGAGGGCUGCCCCUCCCCGUACCGCAGCCCCCAGCACCAGCUGCAGGCACAGCAGGACGUCUUCGGCCGGGAGGGCAAUGUCAAGGCCCUGCAGCAGGAGUACCAGCAGCUGCAGCGACACAGUGGCAGUGCGGGCGACGCCCACGAACUGCAGUUGCGCCACUCGCUCCACAUGCAGCAGAUGUUGGGCGGCUCCCCCCUGCGUUCAGCGACGCCGUCUCCGCCGACCACGCAGAGCCCCGCCUCUAUACCCGGUUCCCCCGUACACCAGCAAUGCUGCGGUGGCGCAGAGUACCCACAGUCGCCGACCUCCAGCGUGAGCUGCCUGGCGGCGGGGCUGAGCGGGCUGUCCACGGGCGGGGUGCCACUCGCACUCGACCUGCGAGUGACACCGUCACCCCCGUCGAUGUCGCAGCCGCCGCCACUGGGCACGAUCCGUGAGGAGCUCGACAGGCAGGGCCGGCAGCAGCACCGGCAGAUGCACCCGCAGAUUAGCCUGACAGACGAGAUGGGUGACGAGGUCACCCUCGUCGCGCCGCCGCACUACUACUGCCCGCCCUCGCUGCCUCCGCCAUUUGCGAUACCCGGCCCGUGUGAUCCCGGCCGCCCGUCCAUAGUCCGAGGAAUCGGACGCCAGCGCCUUCCGACAGUCACGACUGGCGAGAUUCGGCGGGAGCAGUAUGCCAGGAAUCACCCUUCGCUGCAUCACACAUUCCCGCCACCUUCGGGGGCGGACCUCGAAGUGACGUCGCCACCUUCUUCGCCUCCAUCACCUCAGGAUGGUGUCGUCGCUUCUGAGCUGCAAAAGACAUCUAGCGGAUCAUUCGAGGUGGCACUGUCAGAUUUUUGUUCGCGACUCGACGCAGCAGAUAUUCUCGGUCUGGUCAAGAGUAUUAUAGACACGCGCGCACCUCCGUCGAGCUUUGCAUACGGAGGCGAGUGGGGCUCGACGGACGGAUGUGACGAUGACGGCGGUGGUGGUGGACUCGCCCUGGAGUACCCGGGCGGUGUGCAGAUUGAGCUGAGGGUGUUCGGUUGUGAGUCUAAGGGUCUGAAAAUGCGUAGAAUAUCCGGUGACCACUUACAGUACAGCCAGCUGUGCCAGGAACUGGUGUCUUGCAUGUCUGUCUGAAGGUUGCGUUUCGGUUCUGUGACGAGUCUCUCGAGGUACGAUUCAGAUGCUAAUACCUCUGCUGUCACUAAAGAGAAAUUCCACGAGCACUAUAAAGGUGCUUUCGUGAGUGCCAGAUGUACAUUUAUUGGCAGUUUCAUGUAAUGGAGCCAGUAUUGUCAAAAAGUGAUUCUUAUUUUUGGUACAGAAUUAAUGUGUCUUCUCUUUUGAAUAGUUAUUCUGAUAUGUAAUACAUGUGAACUGCAAGUAAUUUCUUGACCAGUGUCAAAAUUUGCGAGAGCAUGUGCACAUAUUUAUUGACGUGCCCCACACGGGAAUGUAUUUUCUACCACUUUUAAUUCUAUAUCGUAAAAAUAUUUCAUUUAAUGUGCCUUUCUACUUGCUUAGUAGCUGGGAUGUCAGAGUAGACACUAAAGACAUAGAUUUAUUGUCUGGAGUGCCCGUUCAGCCAAAAAGACGUAAUUGAGUGAUACUUUGACAGUGAUAUUCCCUAAUGCCCUAAGUGGAAGUAUUGUACUGUCAGUCAUUGUGAUAGAAUAAAUGAUUAUUAAAGACUUACAUACUUCAUAAGCUAUGAAUGGCAGAAGUUCUGACAGAAGAUGAGUGUUAUACAUGUUCAGUUUAAAGAAACAUUUGCAUAAAAAACUACUUACUCUUGUUAAGUCUAUGACUUGUCCACCAAGCAAUUGCUUAUCUUUGACAAUGGCAAAUUUACUUGUCCUUAAAAACAACAGUGUCUGUUAUUAAAGAAUGAUGAUCCACAUCUUUCUGACAAAAAUGAGGUUACUCAUAUCCUAACACACAGCAGUAAAACUGUUCCCAGGAAUCAGUACCACUGUCACAGGCAGAUGCUGUUGAUAAUGUAGCAUUUUAUGCACAUUUGAAACAAGGUUCUGUUAGCGAGUGUCAUAAAGGAGAUCUGUGUAUGUAUUGCAGUGAGCCUCUGCUUAUGGAUGUCUUAUCUGCAGAAAUAACACCAGUUUGCUCACAAGCACUGUCGGAACUCUGUGCAAUGUUAUUGUGUUGGACAUUCUUGAAGUUUCAUUGUCUGGGACGUCAAUGAAUUACUUUUUUCUGUGAAAAUGCCACUAUAUUAUUCAUGGGAAAUGAAUAAUUUCUACAUCACUAUGGUCCUGAAUUUUACUCUUGUAUGAGUUAUGGAAUGUGAUUUAGAGAAUGAUGGGUAAGGACUUUUUUCCUUUUCUGGAAAAGUGAGAAAGCCUUUUUUUAGUAGCAUCACCUUGUUGUAAGUGUUACUUUCAGUAGUAUUGUGUGUGUGUGUGUGUGUGUGUGUGUGUGUGUGUGUGUGUGU